AGCCAGACUCGCACUUCGCACACUGCAUGUACACAGUACAAGUGAAUGGCGAAACUCAGUGGUGCGGGUGCAUGUUUCGAAUGGGUCUAACGCGAAAAAGUGGGGUCAACUUGGGGAGAUUUUUACUGCUAUUUCUUGUUGGAUUUUUACUAGGAAACGAUGCCACAACAGCAUAGUCGUGGUGGAGAGGACGAUGGACCACCGGACGAGACCAAGACUUAUCAUACGGAAGGAGAACAGGAGGAAAAAGCGAGCGAAAACGUGGUCGGACCUCGGGACUCUUUCGAUCAUUUGAACGACGUGAAGUCUAGUUUGAUCGACGAGGGAGAGUCGGUAUCUCAAAAAGGCUCAAGUUCGCAGAGAAAUAAACGACUGAGCUCAGGCUAUGGCGAUCAUUCAAAAGAAGACCGCCACAAGAAGCUUCACUCGGUCAGUGACGGGUCCAAACUCGACCACAUUGCUCGUUUCACCCCGUACUCAAGCCUGGCCUUCAUAGCGAAUGCUGGUUACCCAAAUGGAUCAAUGGUCGGAGGACCGGGGGUGAGUUACAAUUUAUAAUCCUCGAC